GAAUACUCCCCACUCCAAAUUUCUCCCAACUAUUACAAUGUUUCGUGCUGCAUCUUCAUUAAUCAGGUCCUCUGCUUCAAAGCGACUGGUGAACAGUAGAAUAAUAUCUAGUAGAAAUUAUGGUGCAAAAGAUAUCAAUUUCGGUUUGGGAGCUCGGGCGGCUAUGCUGCAAGGGGUUAAUGAGAUUGCUGAAGCUGUGAAGGUUACUAUGGGACCAAAGGGUCGAAAUGUAGUUAUUGAAAGGAGCUUUAAAGAACCUAAAGUAACAAAGGACGGUGUUACAGUUGCCAAGAGCAUUAAGUUCAGUGACAGGACGAAGAAUCUUGGUGCAGAGCUUGUAAAACAAGUUGCAAAGGCCACAAAUACCGUUGCAGGAGAUGGAACAACUUGUGCUACUGUGUUGACGCAGGCAAUAUUGGUGGAAGGGUGCAAAUCCAUAGCUGCUGGUGUAAAUGCUAUGGAUCUGCGAACUGGGAUCACUAUGGCAGUUGAUGCUGUAGUGUCCAAUUUGAAGAGCAAAGCAGUGAUGAUAAGCACACCAGAGGAAAUCACACAGGUGGCUACUAUCUCUGCCAAUGGAGAGCGUGAAAUUGGUGAGCUUAUUGCUAGGGCAAUGGAGACAGUUGGCAAGGAAGGUGUAAUCACCGUUUCUGAUGGAAACACGUUGGAUAACGAAUUGGAGGUAGUGGAGGGCAUGAAGCUAGCCCGGGGCUAUAUUUCUCCUUAUUUCAUUACAGAUCAGAAGACCCAGAAAUGUGAACUUGAGAAUCCUUUGGUUCUUAUCCACGAGAAGAAACUUUCAGACGUGGGUUCCCUCGUUAAAGUAUUGGAGUUGGCUCUUGAGAGGAAAAGGCCUCUACUAAUAGUUGCGGAAGAUAUUGAGGGUGAUGCGCUCACUUUGCUGAUUCUUAACAAGCAUCAAGCUGGACUUAAGGUCUGUGCCAUUAAAUCUCCAGGGUUUGGAGAAAGCAGAAAAGCUAACCUAGAUGAUCUAGCUGUUUUUACCGGAGGAGAGGUUAUUUCAGAAGAGCGUGGGUUGACUCUGGACAAGAUUAAAGCUGAAAUGCUUGGUGCCGCUAAAAAGGUUACUAUCUCUAUGGACGACACAAUUGUUCUAAGUGGAGGCGGAGACAAGAAGGUGAUAGAGGAGCGCUGUGAAGAGCUUAGAACUUCCAUGGAGAAUAGUACUUCAACAUUUGACAAAGAGAAGGCACAGGAGCGGUUAUCAAAGCUCUCUGGUGGUGUUGCUGUCUUCAAGGUUGGAGGUGCUAGUGAAGCUGAACUCGGCGAGAGAAAGGAUAGGGUUAUUGAUGCUCUGAACGCGACAAGAGCUGCCGUGGAGGAGGGUAUUGUACCUGGUGGUGGAGUUUCUCUCCUUUAUGCAACAAAAGCUCUGGAUGAUAUCCAGACCAAAAACGAAGACCAGAAAAGAGGGGUUCAAAUAGUCCAAAAUGCUCUUAAGGCACCUGCAUUCACCAUUGUGGCGAAUGCUGGAGGUGAAGCCUCACUGGUAAUUGGCAAGUUGUUGGAGCAGAAUGAUCACAAUUUUGGCUAUGAUGCAUCCAAAGGUAAAUAUGUAAACAUGAUACAAGCAGGAAUUGUAGAUCCUGUUAAAGUAAUCAGAACAGCUUUGGCUGAUGCUGCAAGUGUUUCCUCCCUCCUGACCACAACGGAAGCUAUUAUUAUCGAGCAUUCAGAACAAAGCAGUGUUGGACAACGUGUGCCAGACAUGGAUCAGAUGGACUUGUGAUAAUUUACUUCAGCAAUUCUUUUGUAAAUUUGUUCUUGAUUUUGAUGUUAUUCUCCCUUUGUGUGGAGUAUGUUAGACCUCGAGCAUCUAAAAAAUUAUUUCGGGAAGUUGCAUUCUUAACCUGUCAUCUGAAUAACAUUUUUUUUUAAUAAAAAUAGAAACUAGAUGAAAGUGCAAA